AUGCUGCGCCUCGCGGCCAAGCUGGUGGCCUUCUUCUGGAGGAGGGAGGAUGGUCUGGAGGAGGAGGCCGGGCAGCCAGGACCGGAGCUCGUGGAAGGUGAAACCAGGUUGAAAACUGUGCAGGGUGUGGUGACAAGGUACUGCAGCGAUUAUGGCAUGAUUGAUGAUUUGAUCUACUUCUCCAAUGAGGUUGUGACUAGUAAAGUGCUUCUGAAUGUCGGACAGGAAGUUAUUGCAGUUGUGGAAGAAAAUAAAGUGUCAAAUGGACUGAAAGCAAUCAGGGUGGAAGCUGUCUCUGAUAAAUGGGAAGAUGACAACAAAAACUACAGCCAAGGGUUGGCCAACUCCAGCCCCCGAGUGCUCAUUGGCUGUGUGACUUCCCUGAUGGAAGGUGCUGGCUACAUCAGUCAGACUACAUACUUUUCUCUGGAGAGUGUGUGUGAAGGUUUCCAGCCGUGCAAGGGAGACUGGGUGGAGGCUGAGUACUGGAUCCGGCCAGGGACAUGGAGCAGCGAGGCUGUCUCAGUGAAGCCACUGAGAUAUAAGCGUGUGGACAAGGUCUGCAUCUCUAGUCUGUGUGGGAGGAACGGGGUGAUAGACGACAGCAUCUUCUUCAGCCUGGACUCCUUGAAGCUGCCUGAGGGGUACACACCACGGAGACACGACACUGUCAACGCCGUGGUGGUGGAGAGCAGCCAGUCAUGUUACAUCUGGAGAGCACUUUGCAUGACCCCUGUGAGAAGAGACUGCACUGUUAGCGAGGCCCCUGAGGAGUCUUACGGAACCCUCUUACUGAAAAACAAAGGUGAUAUUGAGGUUACAAGGAUGACGAAUUUCGGAACAUUGAAGGAAGGAAGAAGCAAAACUGUGGUGAUCUGGAUAGAGAAUAAAGGAGAUGUUUCCCAAGACCUGGUCAGUUGCAAACUGGCUGGCUGGGAUAGAACUCAGCAGUUCAGGUUUCAGGCACCAGACAAAAGCCAAACCUGCCCAGAGGCAUCCUCUGUUUCUGAUCCUGAGAAGAAGCAUUGUUCAGAUGAAAAUGUUCACUCCUUAGAUAGCUACAGAAAAAACAAGCUCAAGGAGCCACUGGAGAGCAGCUGGGUGAGCAACGUGGAAGUCUCCCCAGAUAACUGUGCCUGUGAAGGCGAAAGUGGAGGAAAAGGAAGCACUCUGACAGAGAAGCAGAAGCCGGACUCCAGGGUGCUCAUCCCUCCUGGGGGGAAAGCCUCCAUUGUGGUCACGUGUGAUGCCAAAAAUCCUGGCCGCUGCAAGGAGUUGCUCCUGCUUUGCUUUUCCAACUUUCUCAUCGGCCGCUACCUUGAAGUGAACGUCAUUAGUAGCGAGGAGGCACUGAUAGCUGUCCGUGAACCAUUUUCGUGGAAAAAGCCUAAAAGUUCCCAAGCAUUAGUGUCCACAAAAACUACAGUUGUGGUGACCACACAGAAGAGGAACUCAAGACGACAACUUCCAAGUUUUCUUCCACAGUAUCCGAUACCAGAUAGACUGAAAAAAUGUGUGGAACAGAAAAUUGACAUUCUGACUUUUCAGCCGCUACUUGCAGAGCUUUUGAACAUGUCAAACUACAAGGAGAAGUUCUCCACUCUGUUGUGGCUAGAGGAAAUACAUGCAGAGAUAGAGCUGAAGGAGUACAGCAUGAGCGGGGUUGUCCUGAAGAGGAACGGGGGUCUGCUGGUGCUGGAGGUCCCAGGGCUGACUGAGAGCAGGCCUUCCCUUUAUGCAGGUGACAAACUGAUUCUGAAAUCUCAAGAGUACAGUGGACAUGUCAUUGAGUACAUCGGCUACGUCAUUGAGAUUCAUGAAGAAGAUGUAACUCUUAAACUUAAUCCAAAAUUUGAACAAACAUACAACUUUGAACCUAUGGAUGUGGAGUUUACAUACAAUAGGACCACAAGCAGACGGUGUCAUUUUGCACUUGAACAAGUCAUCCACUUAGGUGUAAAAGUGUUGUUUCCAGAAGAAAUCAUUUUACAGUCUCCCCAAGUGACAGGAAAUUGGAGCCAUGCACAAGACACCAAAAAUGAUGGACAGUCCACCACCAAGGUAAACAGAAAAACCACGAAGGACCAAACAAAAAACGCAGCAAAGGAAAGGCAUAUGGGUGGCACGGACCUGCUGGGAAUGGUGGCGUACACUGCAGAGACAAGUAAGUUGGUAGAUGGAAUUCAGAUCCCUAAAGCAAGGGACGAGGAGUUCUUCAAUCCAGUGCUAAAUGAAAAUCAGAAACUAGCAGUCAGAAGGAUUUUGAGUGGCGACUGUCGCCCACUCCCAUAUAUUCUUUUUGGACCUCCUGGAACUGGAAAGACUGUGACAAUAAUCGAGGCUGUUUUGCAGGUACAUUAUGCUUUGCCAGACAGUCGGAUUUUGGUCUGUGCCCCCUCCAACAGUGCUGCUGACCUCGUGUGUUUGCGGCUGCAUGAGAGCAAGGUGCUGAAGCCAGCUGCCAUGGUCCGGGUGAAUGCCACCUGCAGGUUUGAGGAGACCAUCAUUGAUGCCAUCAAACCAUAUUGUCAAGAUGGGGAAGAUAUCUGGAGAGCCUCACGCUUCAGGAUAAUAAUCACCACGUGCAGCAGUGCAGGGCUUUUCUACCAGAUAGGAGUGAGAGUUGGACAUUUCACACAUGUAUUUGUGGAUGAGGCCGGGCAGGCGAGUGAGCCGGAAUGCCUUAUUCCUCUGGGACUGGUUUCAGACAUCAAUGGCCAGAUAGUGCUUGCCGGCGACCCCAUGCAGCUUGGUCCAGUCAUCAAGUCCAGGCUGGCUAUGGCCUAUGGGCUGAACGUGUCCAUGUUGGAGAGGCUGAUGUCCCGACCAGCAUACCUGAGAGAUGAGAAUGCCUUUGGUGCUUGUGGCGCAUACAACCCCCUUUUGGUUACAAAGCUGGUGAAGAACUACAGAUCCCACUCAGCCCUGCUGGCAUUGCCCUCCCGCCUGUUCUAUCACAAGGAGCUUGAAGUCUGUGCAGACCCCAAAGUAGUGACCUCACUGCUGGGCUGGGAGAAGCUGCCCAAGAAAGGCUUUCCUCUCAUCUUCCACGGGGUGAGGGGCAACGAGGCACGGGAAGGGAGAAGCCCAUCAUGGUUCAGCCCAGCCGAGGCUGUCCAGGUCAUGCGCUACUGCUGCCUCCUGGUCCGAAGCGUCUCCAGCCAGGUGUCUGCCAGGGACAUCGGUGUCAUCACACCCUACCGGAAGCAGGUGGAGAAAAUAAAAAUCCUUCUGCGAAACGUUGAUUUGAUGGACAUAAAGGUUGGAUCAGUAGAGGAGUUUCAAGGGCAAGAAUACUUGGUCAUCGUCAUUUCCACUGUACGGUCAAAUGAAGAUAGAUUUGAAGAUGAUCGAUAUUUUUUGGGUUUCUUGUCCAACUCAAAAAGAUUUAAUGUUGCAAUCACAAGACCCAAAGCUUUAUUGAUUGUGCUUGGAAACCCUCAUGUUCUUGUCAGAGACCCCUGCUUUGGCGCUUUGCUGGAAUAUAGUGUUACAAAUGGUGUCUACACAGGGUGUGAUCUACCUCCCGAACUGCAGGCUCUGCAAAAGUGAGCACUCCUGUCGUCUUCCUAAAAG